UACAGCAAGAAGGAGGAAAAGGAGGCCGUUUUGUUUUUCUGGAAACGAAACGUAACGGAUGUAAGGAAACCAGUAGAGCCGUGCGUGGGUUGGUGCGGGGCGGGGCGGGGCGUGGCUUGGCGAAGAGGGGCGGGGCGAUGCGUCUCUGGCCAAUCAGGCUCCUCGAGCGAAAGGUUAAACCGAGCUGUACAAGCGCGCUGCUUUUUACGGUGGCGUGCGAUAUAACGCACGCGGCACGGAGAUGCGGGCUUUGCCGAGGAACGUUAAGAUACUGUUUUUUGCCAGCCAGUGUUCAGAGCCCUAUGUAGAGAUCAUCACAGUGCGUGAAAGGAAAUGGCAACAGAGCCUUUGCAGCUCUGAGGGGGAAGAGUCGGAGGAGCCCGAGGAGCCGCUUCCCGAGCUGACUGACCAAAGCGAGCUGCUGGAUGAGUUCCACCUUCAGGAGCUGGCCACUCACCUGCCAGCGAGGACCCAGGGGUAUCCAUGGCGACUAGCCUACAGCACCAUAGUGCAUGGCACAAGCCUCAAAACAAUGUACAGGAACCUGGCUCACCUGGACAGCCCUGUGCUCCUUGUCAUCAAGGACAUGGACAACCAGGUGUUCGGGGCGUUCGCAUCGCAUCCUUUUCGAGUGAGCAACUGCUGUUAUGGCACGGGUGAGACGUUCCUUUACAGCUUCAGCCCCAACCUGAAGGUCUUCCGCUGGACGGGAGAGAACUCCUACUUUGUGAGAGGCCAUAGGGACUCCCUGCAGAUGGGGGCAGGAGGGGGGCAUUUCGGCUUGUGGCUGGACAGCAACCUGUGCCGUGGCUCAAGCUUUCAGUGCAACACCUUUCACAAUCAGCCCCUCUCCUCCAAGCAUGACUUCACCAUCCAAGACCUGGAGGUUUGGACCUUCCAGUUGAGCGAUGGCUGAAUGGCCGCAGUUCUACCCGAGGACACAACAUGUCGCCGGACAAGACGCCGGUCACCUCUGCUGACACUACAGGCUGCCUCAGCGAGACACAUCACAGCACACGUCUGUACCCGUACCUGGAAUCAGGCUGGGCUCAGUUCCUGCUCCAGCUGGAAGGCUCUUCAGAACCAGCCUUCCUCCCAGGAGGUCUAACUCUGUUAUGUACUGCUGGGGGUUUGAACUCAAACCCUUCAGGUGCAGGGUCAAGCAGACCCCUGGACAGUAUUGCUCCACAGAGUGACUGAAAAGAGUAGAAGUGGUUACUGACACUACAUGUGCCUUGUGGAGAGUAACUCACAAAGGUUUAAAUGCUGUUGCCUUUAUUGACGACGACGAAGCAUUUUUCCCAUUCAGAAAAUAUUCAAAAUAUGCUGUAUAAAAUAAGAUAUAUUUAUUGUGUUGAACUUCUUUUGGAUUUAGUAAACCUUUUCAGAUUUUUUUUACAUUUUGUGUGAGAUGCACUAAUUUCUGGGAGGUUUUUUGUUAGUUUUUUAACCUGUCUAUGGUUUCAGUGCAGGCACAAUUUGCAAUGUAAUGGUUUUCUUUUGACUGCAAAUUAUUGGCCAUUCUUCUAAAACUAUUAAACAGCAGUGAGUAGAGUCUGAAAGCAUUCUUGUCUGGAACACAAAAAUACACUAAAAAUCAAUAUAAUAUGAAAGCAUUAUGUGCAGUAUAUAA